AUGUAUAAGCCGGAUGUAUUGAUGAUAGUAGCGAGAUACACCAGAGCUAUGAAAACCUCCGUGUCCCCAGACGACCAGUAUGUUAAACAAAUGAAUGAAGCUAUAUCCUUUUAUGAGAAAUUCACCAAGAAAAUCUACAUUAUGGAUGCACACCCUUUAUAUAGUCUUGGAUUCCUCAACCUAUAUCUACACUACCUCAUUCAAAAACCUGGUGAACUUGAGUCCCUCCACCUGAAAAAGAAGCUGGCAGAUGAAGAAAUGAGUAAUGUGAAGAAGAGGUUUAGUAUGUUGAAAUGUGAGAAGUGUCAGCUCUUCGAUUUGAGUAGUGUAUUUGUGGAAGGUGACAAGUACCUCACUUUUGAUAGGGAAACAAAGUUAUCUUAUGUUGACAACACUGUACAUAUUACAAGUGCAGGAUUAGAGAAGAUGGAUCCAUUAUUCAAGAAACUUGCAGAGGAUGUUAUGGAUAAUUUUUAA